ACAGUUAAGCAAAGAAAUGUAAAUAGAUUUUGGGUGAGUGAGCCCUCAGCUACAGCCUGCAUUGUAUUGGUUCGUGUUGGAAACAUUCUUAGUGCCUGCUCUGACAUGUGGGCGCACUCUCAGUGUCAGUCCAGUUGUGCGCUCUCGCUGGAGAGGCUUUUUGUUGGGAAGUUUCUGUAAGUGAGUCAACACGGCACAGGGAGGACGCCACCCAGCACUGCCACUGGAUCCAGUGCUGGGCUUCUCUUCUUCUCCGAGGACUCAGGACACAAAGACAACUUCACUUCGGGUCUCUUCACAACAGCUGGGGAUUUAGUUUCUAACCUUCGCGCAGCGGGGAUGGUUAUUGUCGUUUUGACGCGGCUUUUUCCUCAUUGGAAUUAACGCGGCGGGGGAAAAAUGAAAGUGACGGUGUGUUUCGGGAGGACCCGGGUGGUCGUUCCGUGUGGAGAUGGGAAUAUAAAAGUCCACAGCCUGAUCGAAAAAGCGGCCAUGAGGUAUAAGAAGGCGAUCGCAAAGGACCUUAGCUACUGGGUGCAGGUCCACAGAUUGGAACAUGGAGAUGGAGGCAUUUUGGACCUGGAUGAUAUGUUGUGUGAUGUGGUGGACGACAAAGACAGGCUCAUAGCUGUAUAUGACGAACAGGAUCCCCACAAUGGAGGUGACGGUACCAGCGCCAGCUCCACGGGUACACAGAGUCCUGAACCCUUUGCCAGUGAGAUGAGUUCGGCAUCUGCCUUCCAGCCCUACCAGACCAGCAGUGAGAUCGAGGUCACUCCAUCGCCCUGCGAUCCAGUGAACAUGCCUCUCCAUGUCCGUCCCAGCAGUGAUCCCUCCCUGGCUGACCUUCCUCCGGGUGAAGUCCCUGUUGGUCCAGAGGAACCGUCCAGGAAGAACCCAGCUCGCUGGUCCACAACUGCUGGCUUCCAAAAGUACAACCACAAACCAAACACGAGUACUGGUACUGGCAGCCUGGAACGAAAGGGCAGAGGAGCACAUGCCUACCGGAGUCUCCCACGGGAUGCGAGUGGCUGGACCACUCAGUUCCAGAGAGAGAUAACUCGAUCGUCCCUGAGCGCCAACCAUCCAAUGGUGGACCAAUGGCUUGACAGACAGGAACAGGAGGAGGAGGAAGAAGAGCAAAGGAAACAAGAAAGAAGGAUUGAGCGGAUAGAGCCAGUAGGGAGAGCUGACUCCUCACUGGAGCAUUCACCGUUAAGUCUAGAAGGCAUGCUGAAGCCGGUUGAGGUGUCCAAUGAAGGAGGGCCCCUGGGGAUCCACGUAGUGCCUUUCAGUUCGCAGGAUGUCAGGACUCAGGGUUUGCUGGUGAAACGUCUGGAGCAGGGAGGCAAAGCUGAACAGGAGCGUCUCUUCCAGGAGAACGACUGCAUAGUCAUGAUAAAUCAGGGAGACAUCCGCAACCUGCGGUUUGAACAAGCCCAGAACAUUUUCAGGCAGGCGAUGCGUUCCCCGGUCAUCCUCUUCCAUGUGGUCCCUGCGGCUAUGAAGAGGCGCUAUGAGCUGCUGUCAGCCCAGAGCGAACUCAGCCCACCCCAGUCAAACAGAGUGUACUUCAGCCAAGCCUCUCAGCAGCCGGGGGACAGGUCCAGUCUAGUGGGGGGGCCAGCAUCCAGGCCUGGACCACAACCUGGCCUCAACCACAACCACCAGGGCCCCCUGGCAGGAAGCACCCCAGAGCCGAGCCGACGGUACACCAUGUUACCCCACACCUUGCUCUCCAGGACCCCGUCCGCCCCCUCCCCCUCCCUGCAGCGCAGGAUCAGCACUAACCUGUCCUCCAGCUCCUACCUAAAGAACAAAGGCCGCAGAUUCAACAUCCAGCUGAAGAAAGGUCCAGAGGGUCUGGGGUUCAGCAUCACAUCCAGAGAUGUUCCCAUUGGCGGCAGUGCUCCCAUUUAUGUCAAAAACAUUCUUCCUCGAGGGGCCGCCAUCCAAGAUGGCCGACUGAAAGCUGGAGAUCGGCUGCUGGAGGUUAGUGGAGUGGACCUUAAUGGUAAGACCCAGGAAGAGGUGGUGGCGCUGCUACGAGCCACACCCAUGGGUGGGACUGUGAACCUGUUGGUGACUCGUCAGGAGGACUCCCUGCCAAGAGAAGUGCAACCAGAUGAAGAUGACAUGGUGUUAACCCCUGAUGGCACACAGGAGUUCAUGACCUUUGAGAUCCCCCUGAAUGACUCAGGCUCUGCAGGUCUGGGUGUCAGCGUCAAGGGUAACCGGUCAAAGGAGAACCAUGCCGACCUGGGCAUCUUUGUGAAAUCCAUUAUCAAUGGAGGGGCUGCCAGCAAGGAUGGGCGUCUACAUGUCAAUGACCAACUCAUUGCAGUCAAUGGAGAGUCGUUGCUUAGGAAGACCAACCAGGAUGCCAUGGAAACGCUGCGCAAAUCCAUGUCUGUAGAGGGAAACAAGCGAGGGAUGAUCCAGCUCAUCGUGGCACGGCGGGUGGCCAAAAACAAUGAGGAAGCACCUGGAAGCCCUCCAGUUUUAGAGCAUCCCAUGAACUCUCUGCUGGACAACCAUGAGCGUCGUAUCUCCCACUCUCUGUAUGAAACCAUUGAGGGCUUGAACAACAUCACGACACCACGGGCUAAUGCGAUCGGACGCAUUGGUAACUACCAGCUCUCUCCAACUGUGAACAUGCCACAGGAUGACAUAGUGAUGAUUGAAGAUGAUAGGCCACCUCUGCUUCCUGCCCACCUUUCUGACCAAUCAUCCUCCAGUUCCCACGAUGACAUGGGUUUUGUGGGAGAGAACCCUGUGCCCUGGAUCCACGAUCUGCCCGGUCAGAAUGAAUGCUCGCUCAGUCCAGAUGCAGACCCUGAUGGUGCAUUCCAGAGGGAGGGUUUUGGUCGGCAGAGUAUGUCAGAAAAACGAACCAAACAGUAUGACAGCGCUGCUCAACUGGAGAUCAUCAAGACCCGCAAGUCUAAGAGCAUGGAUCUAGUAGCAGAUGAGAUUAACUGCAGCACAAGAACCAAUGGAGGCUCUGCAGAACAAGAGGUCGGACCCUCGCUGGGCCUGAAAAAGUCCAGCUCCCUGGAAAGUCUCCAGACGGCUGUUGCUGAGGCAACGCUGAACAGCGAGAUUAAUGUUAACAGGCCACGCUCACGGAUCGUCAGGGGCCGCGGCUGCAAUGAGAGCUUCCGAGCUGCAAUUGACAAAUCAUAUGAGAAAACUGGUGUCACAACGGCAGAAGAAGAGAACAGCAUGGAGACAUUGGACGAGGAUACUGAAGGAAGUUCCCGAUCAGGUCGUGAGUCGAUGUCCACCAGUGGUGACCUUAUUGUGGGCUCAGGGCUGAACGGCAACCUCUCCAAAGAUGACAGACGGAAAGACUGGGACAAGGUUGGAGGGAAGGAAAAGAAGAAACCUGAAAGGGAUAAAGAGGAGAAAGACAAGGACAAGAUCAAAGCCAAGAAAGGCAUGCUGAAGGGCCUGGGCGAGAUGUUCAGGUUUGUAAAGCACCGGAGGGAUGAGCGGCCAGGAGACAGGAUGGAGAGGAAGAGCUCUAGUAAAUCUAAAGCUGAGGACAUGCAGGCGUCAGAAGAGGAGACCCUGCGGAUGAGGCUGGAACAAGAGAGAAUUCAGGCCAAGACACGGGAACUUCGGGAGAGGCAGGCAAAAGAGAGGGAAUAUGCCGAGAUCCAAGAUGUUGUCAGCCGCACGUUUAGCUCAGAUGAAGAGCACACCUAUGCUGGCAUUGGAUCCUUAGACUCAUCGGUAGAUAGCAGCAGCACAGACCCAGCCCUCAGGCUUCCCGUGAGCCUUCAGGACAACGGUCCACCCCUGGAAGCUCUGUAUGCCCAGGUCAACAAGCCUCGAAAUGGACGCCCAGCAGCUCCAGACAGCAGUCAGAUGGCUCCCAGUAACCACGACCGGAUACAAAGGCUGAGGCAUGAGUUCCAGCAGGCCAAACAGGAGGAGGACCUCGAGGACCAUCGGCACACCUACAGUUUCGACCAGUCCUGGGCGAGCAACGGGACAGAGACACAGAGUGGACGUCAUUCUGUAACAGUUGAGACUCAGGUUCAGAAGCAGCAGCAAGAGGACAGAGAUGGUUUCCAACAAGCACAGAGACAGUACAGCUCCCUGCCACGGCAACCUCGCAAGAACCCCAGCGCAGUGUCCCAGGACUCAUGGGACAAGGUGUACAUGCCAGCAGAGGGAUUCCAGGCAACCAAGGAGAACCCCCGCUACUCUGGUGGCCAGGGAUCACGUAACGGCUACCUGGGAGCUUCUAGCUUCAAUGCCCGUGUCCUCUUAGAGACUCAGGAACUGCUGAGGCAGGAGCAGAGACGCAGAGAGCAGGAGGCCAACAAGACCAGGCCACCCCCCCACAAGAAACCCCCAGUGGCAGCACCUAUGACCAAAACAGAGACCACACUCAGGCCCCUAGCUCUGCCCCAGCACAGGCCCCACCUCAAUCCAAAGGUCCCUACAGACAGGAUGUGCCCCCGUCUCCUUCUCAGCUCGCCAAGCUCAGCAGGCUUCAGGGUUCGGAAAAAGGGAGGCUGUUUUACUCCUGAGACAGUGACAGGGAACUGGAAUGAGAACAUUUUUUGAGAUGAGGACUGAUUCUAGGGAGCAUUAGUAGGGAAAAAUACAAAGAGGGCAAUAUGUCUGUUUUUAUAAAAUGCUGAGACUUUCAUGGGUUUGUUGAUAUAGAAUGUUAAUAUUUAAAAAAAAAAUGAAAUGAACCAUGAUUCUUUUUAAGAAAAGAAAAGAAAUGAUUUUAGAUUUUUCUAUUGUCCACUGUUAAAAUCAUCUAACUAUGUGUAUAAGUGCCUUCUAGUCCAUUGAUGGUUCACCUUGGCUCAUGAUCUGCAGCUCUGACACAUUCAGUAGCACUGACAUCACAGUAAAGGGCAAUUGGCAUCACUACAUCGUCACAUCUGACAGCAGUCUGACCUAAACAUCAUAACCCCAAGUACAAGACACAGCCAAGGCAUGCUUUUGUCCCACUUGGGUCCUGGUGAGUAUCUAAGUUGUGAUAUCAUGCUUUGCUGCUCAUGUUCAAGGGGACUUUGUCAAGCACUGCUGUACAUGUGUGUACAUGUUGGUAGGAGUUGGCAUGUAGUGACAGAGUGUGGAGGUUAAGCAGCUUGUGUGCACUGUGGAGUCAGAGCUUGGGCUUUGGGCAUGACCGCUCACCCCCCUCAGUUCAGAGAAAUGUCCCUUUUGGUUUCUGAUACAGCACUACCCUGAGUCUGCGUCCUCCUUCCAAACCCCUCUUGUAUUUAAUAUGAUAAUCCUGAAUUCUCUGUUUCUCUCUGCUGGCUGCUUUAGCUCUGUUUUUUCUCUUCACAUUGUCACCCUCACCAUACGGCACUCUCAGUGGAGGAAAACAGCUUUAGAUCUCCUUUACUCCUACCCUGCCCUACCCACCCAGGGAAUCCAGCAGUAUAAAUGGGGUCACGUCUGGGUUAUUAAUUAAUGUACCUCAUUAAAAAUGAAUGCACCCCUUUGUGUGUGUGUUUGUUGUCGUGUGGCGAGGAGUAAGAAACAGCGACCUUGCCGGCAUGGCUCUGGCCCCGGCCUCGCUUAGAAUGAUUUGGCUGUAACCGAAGCCUGUUGGCCCCUAGGUGUCUGAGCUGUUCCUUGCUGAAUAUUUCAUCAGGGUGGUUACAUGGGAAACCACAUUGGCUCUGCAGUGGGUGGCCUCAGUGUGGGACUGCCUAUCCAUAGGCCUGGUACAAUAGAGCUGAUUUUGUUUUCCAGUUGUGAUUAUGUCCAUUGAUAGAAAACCACUUGGGAGCUUUUUCGUCGUUCAGUCAAUACUAAGUGGUGCAGUUUUCAAAGUGUGUGUGAGAGUGUAUAUGUAUGACCCAGUGUGUGUGUGUGUGUGUAUGUGUGUGUAUUUCUGUCCCUAUAAGAACAAGAAUUUGAGCUUCAGUUGUUAGUGACAGCACUUUUCACAAUAUGACAUUUUCCUUGAAAGGCACAGUUGAUGACUAAGUUGAUGUUAUUGCUAAAAUAGUUUUUUUAUUUGUUUGGUAAUUGAUAGGAGGAAGUUAGGAAGCUACCCUGACUUCUUUUUUUGCUUGAUCAGAGUUUUGAGGCCGUUUUUUCCUUCAGUAUGUUUACACACAGUCAAGAAAGCUGGUUUCUCAGAGAAACCAAGUUAUGUGGGCAUGUGGAGAAUGCUGUUACUGUAGAAACCUGGUCACUAUAAAUAAAUGUAUACAUGCAGCAGAUGAGUAAUCUUUCUACCCUACCCUGACCUCCUGUAGUAAUACACUAUGCUACUUCUUGAUAAAUACGUUUCAGUUUUACAAAUUGUAAAAAUACAAUUGUUUAGUGGUCUUGUAAUCGACUGGCAGUUUCUCCCGGGUGUACCCUGCCUCUCACCCAGUGUCAGAUGGGACCGGCUCCAGCCUCCCUGCGACCAUUAAGAUAAGCGGUAUAGAUAAAGGAUGGAUGGAAAUUGUUUAGUGAAACAAAUCACUUUACUUUACCAUCUAAAACUUACUUUGUGUCAGUUUAGUUUUAGUUGGAUCUGGGAUUCACUUAUUUUGAACACAGAGUGCAUCACUAUGUGUACCAAUCUUUCCGGCACCCGGGUGUCCCAUGAAUUCUUUCCCUGUCUGACAUUUUUGUCAUGCACAUGCAUACAUGUAAAAAGCUGAUUAGACACCCAGUUACAAAUACACAUGCCCAUGAAAAUCUUCCUAGACAAAUUAGGAGUCUCAAAUUCUCAACCCCAAUUAUGUAGAAAUUAAUUUACCAUGGAGAGAUGACUGGAACCUGGUUAAUUACAGCAUAAACCCACUUCUCUGAACUUUUACUGGAAGUUACAGACUUGCAAUGCCAUGUUUUUUACUACUCAGUUAUUAAAUUAAAUAAAAAUUAAAUGUAGUCAGUAUAUUAUACACCUUUUGUUACCUACUCUAAACAGUCUUUGGCCCAUUUCCUGAGUCCUGGGUUUAGGAUUAAGACCAGAAUUAGACAUACAAUGGUUAGAAUAAGUUAGGAGUACAUUUCAUAGCAUUUUUGUGGUAGAGGGUCUAUGGUUCGUGUUUCUGUAUGUGCUUCCUCACAUAUACAAGGGUAUGUAAAAUACAGUACUAGUACUAGUAUGUUUCUUCAGCUAAUUUUCCAGUGUGUGUGUUAGUGUAGGUGGACAUGUGUUUAAGUGUCUGUGAACGUUGCCAGUAACUGGAUGCUCCAAUAUGUCUAUGAAUAUGUCUUGGCAGCCAUAUGAACCACUUGGCUGCCGAGUGGCAGAAGAGCAGAGGAGUAGGAGGGAGAGAAGAUGGGAGGCCUGACCUUGCAGAUGAUUCAGUCAACGGAGUAAUCACAACUAUUCCUCUGAGCCUGCAGUACAAACAGGAGGUUACCAACAAGGCUGUGCUUCGCUCUUGCUGUCUCUUUUUCUCUUCAUUUAUGUUUCUCAUCUGUCAGUCUGACGUGUUUGUGUUUUUCGGUGGCAGAAUUGUUGGGUCUGGUCUGUUAUGGAUGAAAGUGACUGUGUGUAUGUGUGUCUGUGUUUGAGGGGGUCCACUCUGACGCAGCAGCUGUUUUAACUGAUGUCUCCGUGCUUCAUGUGUCUCAUCAUCAAGGGGGUUUUGG